UUAUUUGAAUAUAAUACAUCCGUUACAUUUUCUAUCCAUUGUUCUGUUAAAAUCUGACAUGGCAAUAAUAAACCUAUUACACGUAGGAUUUGAAUCCUCACCUAAGCCCAAGAAGAGGAUCCUCCUGACCAAAGUACUUAGGCCGUUAGAUGAAAAUUCAACGGCUAUAAUUAUUAUAACUUUAAAGAAAGCUCAUGUUUGUAGCCGUUGGAUUUUCAUCCAACGACCCAAGUGUUUUGAUCAGGAGGAUUCUCUCCUUGGGCUCAAGAGACGAUCCAAGUCCUAACACGUCAGCCCACUUCCUCCAAAACUUGGACACGUAAAUAUUCAUCUGCCACAUCAUAAAAAAAAACUUAAAUACAAAAUUAAAUUAUAACAAAAUGAAAAGGGGCCUACCCCCCUUCUUCCACCCGACCACAGGCCCGGAUCUCUUCUUCCACCCUAACCACCAGCGCACCACCCCUCCCAAUCCCAAAACCCUCAGUCUCUAAUUCGCCAAAUUCUUCUGAUUCUUCUUCUUCCCCAAAUCUCCGUAAAAAAUCUCUCUAUUUUCGCUCUCAAUCCGAAAGAAAAAAAUCCCAGAAAUUUCAUGGAUUUCGAAAUUUUAUUUCACAAAAUUCAAAACCAUCAUCUUUUCCUCGUCAACCUACCUGAGGACGAAGAGGGCGGCGUGCAAGGUUCUAAUCGGACCGCGGUGGUGCUAAGGGGAUUAGAAUCGAGAAUGCUCAGAGGGGAGAGAUGGGACAGGGUGGGAAUCCGCUCCAUUGCUGCGAAAUGGGAUUGGGAAGAGGAAGGAAGUAAUCUGGUGUGGCGUCGGAGCAAAGGGGGUUGAGGUGGGGUUCUGAAGCGGAUGGUGGAGAUGGUUUCUCAGAGGUGAAGGUGAGGUGGAAGAAGAUGUGGAACGGGAUGAUAGAAAGGAAAAGCAAGAGAGAUGGUGAGAAGAACGUGGCGGAGCAGAGUAGAUCCGGCCAUUUUUGUGUUGCUGGCUUAGAGCGGGAGGGGAAUGCGAGCAGUGGGUCGGGGAAAACCAGGGUUUAGGUUUUUUUUUUUUUUAAUUAAUUAUUUUUAAAUGCAUAAAAAAAUUAUUUUUUUUACCACGUGACACAAUUUUGGUAACUACGUCAACAUAAAUGUGAAUGUUAUAUUUACUACGUCAUCACUUAACGGUUUACUUCACGAAUGUAUGAAAUUAAAAUGAAUUAAUAAGUAAAUGUAUGAAAUUAAAGUAUUUUAAAUAUAUUAUAUGCGAUUGCAAUCAAUUUCAAAUUUAAAUGAGUAAAAUGUAAUUUACCAAAAAAAAAAAAAAAAAAAAAAAAAAAAAAAAUGCAAAUCAUCUCCGAACCUACACCACCUGAGCUUAGGGAUUAAAUUAUUGUGGCCUUUAAAAAUUGAUUUCUAAUCUCCGCUGAGAGUCCAGAAAGGAUAUGCUUCCGACAAAAGAAAAUCAUUUCUACAAUAUCACUAAAUCUGAUUUUUUUUUUUUUUUUCUUUAAGCUUGAGUGUUUUAAAUCAUCUCCAACGGUUGAUGACUCCUUGCUUCAAGUGCUAUAUUAUUUCCUUUUUCUGGUUUCUAGGUGGCCACUAAAUGACUACUAUUUUUCAAAUCUAGAAGCACUUUAAAUAUUUUUUCAGAAUUUACUUGAGUUUUUAAAUUUUAUUAAAUAUUGAUUGUAAAAAUAUUUUCAUUAAAAUCGUUUUUAGUUCUUUUAAAAAUACUUCUAAACAAACACGUGUACUAUUUCAUCUCAAAGUUGAAGUUAGAUGUGAUACCGUUACCAUAUAUAUAUAUGAAAAAGACUUUUUGUGUCUUUUUUCACUUAAAAAAAAAUAAUACAAGGGGAAGAUAAUUGGCAUUCAUCUUAAAUUGAAGGCCAAGCAAAUAUGGUCAAAACUUAUUUGACAUGCUUGGUUUUUCAUAGCAAGGUUUUUUUUUUUUUUUUUUUUUUUUUUUUUUUUUUUUUUUUGUCGAAUUCAUAGCAAGUAUUGUAAUCAUAUUAAUCUUAAGUGUCUUUUAAAAUACAACUAAUUUGUUUUAAUCCGAAUUUACUUUUCUGACCAGUAAUUUAUUUUCUUCCAAGUGUUGCUGAUUAAACCGACCAACCCUAAAACAAAUAUGACAGCAUCCUUUGUGUAUUGCACCAGUUCCAAUUAAAAAUUCAUAUUCAAUGCCAAUUACCAGCUUCUUAAGAAUCUUAAAGACUUAUCAAACAAUAAUUAUCACAAUUAUCAUAAUUAAUGUUGGAGUGGCACUUGUGUAAUUCACCAAAAAAAACCGGGCAUUUCAUCAUGACAAACACUAUAUAAACUGUAGUCACUUUUGAAGGAAAUCACACACAUUUCACAUAUUUCUCCAUAUUUUCUGCACACUUGAUUAGGCUUUCUGUGCAGUGGCAUUAUGGGAAUUACAGGAGUUUGCUUUAGAUUACUUGGUGACUUGGUUCAAGCCAUUGGAGGGGUCCCAUCAAGUUCAACAAGCAAAGGAGCUCACAUUGUUCAUGAAGAUCAACGUGACCAAUAUUCCAAAUGCAAACCACAAAAUAUUGCAACCAAAGUUGAUGAAUCCAUGGCAAGGGCACUGAUCACAGUGUUUGGGAUGGAAACAAAUGGAAGAAUCAAGAAGGAAAAGGCGCGGCUUGUCGUGGAGAAUCUUGGACUAAUACGUAAUGAGGAAGACCAGACGGGUUUCGAUUUGCCAGGGGAUGAUCAUGAAGUGCCAGUGGAGGAGGUCCUUGGUGGAUUGGAGGAUAAUGAGUCCGAGCGCAACGAGCUCCUGCGCGAAGCAUUCAAGAUUUUCGACGAGGAUGGCAAUGGAUUCAUAGAGGCUGUGGAGUUGAAAAGGGUUUUGGAAUGCUUGGGUUUGGGGAGUGGGUGGGAGAUGGACCAGGUUGAGAAGAUGGUGAAGGUUGUGGAUUUGAAUAUGGAUGGGAAGGUUGAUUUUCGAGAGUUUGAGUUAAUGAUGAGGUAAUUAAAAUGUCAUUAGCUUAUUGAUUAAGAUCAAGAUGCUUAUCUUUUAUUUUCUUCAAACAAUAUGUUGCCCUAAUUGUAAAUUCAAUGGGCUCAUAAUUUUUCUUUUUCACCAUCCAA